AUGGAAUUGUCCUUGCCUAUAGUAAUAUUCAUAUUAACAUCUGCAAUUCUGCAACCAAACUCACAAUCAACAGCUAGAUCCAUUCAAAAACUGGAGACUUACAACUUCGUGGCAGGCGAAGGCGAUGGCCAUGGAUUUGCUAGUCUUCUGAAGGCUUGUGCUUGCAUAUGUAGAAAGGAUACCAAAUUCUACAAUGUAAGCAAGGAGAUCCAAUCACUCAAGCAGCGAGUCAUGGAUCUCUCUCACAAACGAGAGACUUAUGGCAUUAGAGAUAUCAAUAAUGCAGGAGAUGGACCAACUAAUAUUCCAAACAAUCGGUCCAACAUGGUUAGAACAUUGAGGAGAACGGCCUCCUAUGUCGAUGAUCAGGAUCAGAUUUUCGUUGGCUUUCAGGAUGCCAUAGAAAGGUUGCUAGCUGAACUUCUCAAAGCAGAGCCUCGCCAAAGUGUCAUCUCCAUUUAUGGUAUGGGCGGGUUAAGCAAGACUACUCUUGCUAGAAACCCCUACAACACACCGAGUCUACUCACUAACUUCACAACACAUACUUGGAUUUGUGUUUCUCAAGAGUAUAACACCCCAGAUGUCCUAGCUAGGGAUAUGGUGGACAAGUGCGGAGGCUUACCUCUUGCAAUUGUUGUAUUAAGCGGACUACUUUCGCAUAAAAGGGGGAUAGAAGAAUGGCAAAAGGUAAAGGCACACAUAUGGAGGCAUAUUAAAGAUGACUCUAUUGAAAUGUCCUACAUACUUUCCUUGAGCUACAAUGGUUUGCCAAUUGUGCUCAAGCAAUGUUUUCUUUACUUCGCCAUUUUUCCAGAAGAUAAUGAGACCGAUGCUGAACAGCUAAUGUUGUGUAUGGCCGAGGGGUUCAUAUCAAGAGUAGAAGAAAGAAGGGAGGAUGUUGCUAAGGACUUCUUGAAUGAGCUCUGAUAAGACGAAGCUUGAUACAAGUGGUACGUACAUCUUGGGGAAAAGUUUAUAAAUGUAGGAUUCAUGAUCUACUUCGGAAUCUUGCCCUACAAAAGGCAUUGGAGGUACACUUCUUUGACAUUUAUGAUCCAAGAA